CCAAAACAGUUUCCUUAGUUUUUAAAGGAAAACACCACGUAGCUCUAGCCCUUGCUUUCUCUCUUUACUUUCCUUCUUUUCUUUAUUAAUUACAUUCUUUUGCUAUCACCAUUUAUACCACUUCUUCCAUGGCUAAUUCUUCUUUGAUUAAUCUUAGGGUUAUUUUCAUGACCUUAUUAUCAUUGGCAAUAUUACAAAAUGGGGUAAUUAAAGGUGUAGAGGGAAGAGCAUUUUUUGUGUUUGGAGAUUCAUUGGUUGAUAAUGGAAAUAACAACUAUUUAGCUACAAGUGCUCGUGCAGAUUCCCCUCCUUAUGGCGUUGAUUAUCCCACUCAUCGUCCCACUGGCCGAUUCUCUAAUGGCCUUAAUAUUCCUGACAUUAUCAGUGAAAAGCUUGGAAUGGAACCUACAUUACCAUACUUGAGUCCAGAGCUUCAAGGGCAAAAGCUUCUUGUUGGUGCCAACUUUGCCUCUGCUGGGGUUGGAAUACUUAAUGACACUGGAAUUCAAUUUGUAAACAUUAUAAGGAUUGGGCAACAGGUGGAGUACUUUGCAGAAUACCAAAAAAGAGUGGCAGCCUUAGUAGGGACUGAAAAGGCAAAGCAACUAGUGAAGCAGGCUCUAGUCCUAAUUACACUUGGGGGCAAUGAUUUUGUCAACAACUAUUAUUUGGUCCCUUUUUCUUUGAGAUCUACCCAAUACGCCCUUCCAGAUUAUGUCACCUUUGUCAUCUCUGAGUACAAAAAAGUUCUUGCGAAACUUUACAGCUUAGGAGCUCGUAGAGUUAUCGUGACAGGGACAGGGCCACUAGGUUGUGUGCCAGCGGAAUUAGCCCAACGGAGCCAGGACGGCAACUGUGCAGCUGAAUUGCAGGAAGCAGCUUCAUUGUUCAAUCCACAGCUAGUUGAGAUGCUUAAUGGCCUGAACAGUGAGAUAGGGAGCCAUGUUUUCAUUGCAGCAAACACAAAUCAAAUGCACUUGGACUUCGUUACUAAUCCUCAAGCUUUUGGAUUUGUGACAUCAAAGGUGGCAUGCUGUGGACAAGGACCAUAUAAUGGGAUAGGGCUGUGCACACCCUUAUCCAAUUUGUGCCCAAACAGAGAUGAAUAUGCAUUUUGGGAUCCAUUUCAUCCCUCAGAAAAGGCAAACAGAAUCAUUGUUCAACAAAUAUUGACUGGGACUACAGCCUACAUGCAUCCCAUGAACCUUAGCACAAUCAUGGUUAUGGAUUCCAAGGCUUAACCAAUUCUAAAAUUCCCAUAUUUAUCUACUCUCUCUUUUGUUUGGAUUUUCAAUGGAAAUGUUAUUUGUUUAGUUGUAGCAGUUGGUGUACGUGUCUCUAAGUGGAACAAGAAUCGUUUUAGUUGAGUUCCUUCUUUUUAACAAUAAGAUGGAAACUGUGUCAAAUGUAAGUGCUUUUGAGUUGAUCAAAUCUGAUAGCUUGUAUUCCUGCA